AUGAGCUUUUAUGAUGAAAUAAAUGAUCUUCUAUAUUCUGAAGAUAAGAUCCAUAAUUUUCAAAAUUGUUUAAAUAAUGCUGACGAUAAUAUAGAGGAAAAUGAGAUGUUUGAUACAUGCGAUAAAAAUAAAUCUGACGAAUUUGAUAUAUUCAAUAAUGAAAUUGGAUACCUAUCCAAUUGUUCUGACUUAUCACCAGAUUCGUUGGAUAUAAAUACAGCUAAUAUAUUUGAAUAUACAGAUUAUAAAUCUGAUAAAAUUGAAGAUAUAAUCGAACCACAAUUGAAAAAUUGUAAUAUAAAUCUAAUCCCGGAUUUUUCUUUGGAAAAUAAGGGAUCCAACUUCAAUUCUCCUUCAAGUGUAUAUUCUAGUCAAAAUAGUUUAAAGAAUGGGAAAACAGAGGAUAUAUUUGUUUUGAAUUCUCAAAAUUCAACUAAAUCUUCGAUUCCAAUAUCAUCAGCAAUUCACCAUAUGUCACUUUUGACAGAUCUUGUUAAAAGUAAUACUAGGAAACAAGAAGCGUCAGCAAAGUCGCCGACUUAUAAUAGUGAGUUAUUUCAAAAAAGUAUCAACGAUAUUCUUGAAAAAUCUGCAAAUAUUAAUACGCUUAACGAUAUCCAUGGAUUGGAAUCUUAUAAAUUAAUUUUUUCUGGUAAAUCUAAAGUGGAACAGAUACCUCAAGUCGGUAAGCCGUUAGUUAAAACCCCAUCAAAGAGAAAGAAAAUUAUAAAUUUUAAUAAAAAAAGUAAAUACGAUAAGGAUUUGACCAUAAUGGUGAAGAAAGCUAAACUUCAUCAAUCUAGAGGUGGAUAUUUAAUGACACCAAUUAAUCCCAUCACAUCUAAUCUAUCAAUAGAUUCUGACACUCCGCUGACAGAGAAAAUAAAAAAUGACAAGUACUUGUCUCCAAUUGCUUCGAAGAAACAAAAACGUGGGAGUUAUAGGUGUAAUCAUUGUCCAGAGAUGUUUUCCACUAUUUUAGAGUAUGCGGAUCAUUUAGAUACAUACCGUAUUAGAAGGAAGUACAAUUGUCCAAUUCUCGAUUGUCCUUGGAAAAUUCUUGGUCUUCCUGGAAGAUCUGAUUUAAGAAGACACUGUGCAAUUCAGCAUAAGGAUGAACUUGAUGAUCAUGUUCGUGCUGCGCUGAAUCUAAAAGAGGACGUAUACGUAACUAUUUCUUGUCCAAAUAAAUACUGUGAUAAAACAUUUAGAAGAAAAGACGCAUAUAAUAGGCAUGUUAGCAUUGUUCAUAACAUGCCAGGUUCGAGAUUCAACAAACGUCUAGCUAAUGUUUUAAAAAGUUGUCCCAUAGAUAUAAAAACUGAAGAGGAGAGGACCGAUUACAUAAUGCAAGCUAUGAAUGGUGGUGGUACAAAAUAA